AUGCCCCAGGAGAGGAGGAAAAGCGGUACGAUGAUGUGCGUGCCCGCCGGGAGCCCGCCGUGGAGACUGCAGGGCAUUUGGCAUCGCAGGUCGUUCGGUCGCGACGUGAGGCGCAUCAACCGCGAUUGUCGACGGCUGAAAAACAAACGAGGGAAUGUGUUGCUGCGCGUCUGGCGCUCCCCACCCAUCAAAGCACCAGCGGGCAACGCGGGCUUUCCUCAAGGCAGCGCCGACGCCGCGAGGGAGACCCGUCGCAAGGAGGAGUGGUACCCUGCCGCCGUCGCCACCGUUCUCCUGUCCGCCCACUAA